CUGAUUUUCCAUUACCGAACGUCAAGUCGAUAGCAAAGGAGUUGAUUUGUUGCGAGUUAAACCGGGGAAAGUCUACCCUGUCCAAGUGAAUCUUAUAUAUCAGUGAAAAAGAAAAUUUCGGUGCUACGAACUGUUAAGAGGGAAAAACUUAAAUUUUUUGAAUUUAUAAUUACACAAUGAGUUCGAUGAUUGCAAAUAAAGUGAAACCGCAAUUUAUUGCGAGAGUAGCAACCCAAAGUGCUGCUUGCUUCUCAACCACCCCGACCAGGAACGUCGAAGGCAAACCAAUGUCACAGAGGAUGGCUGAAUUCCAGAAGAAGUUGCGUGCAAAGACCCCAAUUGGCCGACUAGACCAAAUUGGCGCCCAUCCCUACCAGGAGAAGGAACCCCUCAAGCCAUGGCCCAAUGGUGUCAACCCAUACACAGGCGAAAUUGGAGGACCUAGCGGACCCGAGCCCACACGUUAUGGCGAUUGGGAGCGGAAGGGACGAGUGUCUGACUUCUAAGAACCAGUGAUAUUCGAAUCUAGUCCUAGAUAAACUUAGUUUUUUAUUUUUCUACUAGACUGAUAGUGACACAAACCUGUAUAUUUUCAUACACUUAGUUGUAAUUUAUUUAAUGAAAAAAAAUCAAGGUACAUGUAUAAGGAUAUGAAAAAAUUAAUAGUGAAUAAUAAUUCAUACUUAAAGAA